ACCGGAAAGUGCCGAUAGUGGAGCGGCAGUUAUUGUCGAACGUGCGCGGUUUUUACUUAUUUUGCUUGCAUAUGUAUGUGCGAACAUACAGAUAGUGGACGUUAAUGACAGUGUUCAUGUCAUAUGAAAUAUUAUAAACAAGUGCACAUACAUACAUAUUUGCAUGUUGCAUUAGCCCAGUGCAUAUGAAAUAUAAGUUAAUAGCACAAAUUCUACUGGGGAAAACCUCAUUCGAGCAUGUGCAUAUGUAUUUAUAUAUGCACUUAUAUACUAAUGUCGUUUUAGUGUUUCUGAAAUUAAUGGAGCACAGUCAGUCUCAGUAUUCGACAUUCGACAUCGAUUUUGUUGUAAACUCACUCGAACAGUCGCAACCGCAAACUACAGACAAAUGUUCCUGUUGACGGAAAUUGAAUCAUACAAGUCUUUGGUAGUAGCAAGAUGUCAGUGUCAGUAGAAGCUUUUAAAGUGUAACGUGCGAUUCAAAGUGAAGGACGUGUUUGAAAUGAAGGAUAUGCAUACCGCCAUACUUUGGCGCGAGUAUGUUUACUUGUAAAACGGCUUCGUACGAGUUUAAUCUACAGGAAAUUGUCAUAGUUUUGAUUGCAAUGGACACUUAUCAGAAAUCGAUUGACAGCGGGAAAUUAUAUCAAAUACUAACACAUACAUUUCAAAGUCACAAUUAGAAUAGCGAUUAGAAAAAAAAAUACGUACAAAAAAAAGAACUAUUGGAAAAAAACUAUUAGCAGCAGGAAAAAAAACGAUCAAAGGAAAGGACAAACAAAAAUUACAAUAAAAAAAUUACUAGAGCAGAGCUGGUGCUUAUGAAUAUGGGCUGCUCAACUUCUGCACCAGCCGUCACAGAUGCAAACAAAGCAAACGAUAGUACGAAUUGUUCAAAUAUGGCUGCUAAAACAAGUGUCGGUGAGGAAGAUUCUAACAAAUACCCUGCCUCGGAAGCUUUCAUCAUUCCAUUGAGUGAUGGGGCCGAAACUAAAGUUUACACCGCCGAUGCUGAAGAAGCGAAAGACUUACUUGCGGCAACGGUGAAAAAGCAGCCACCCAAGCGCAUACAAGAACUGAUCGAACAAGCAGCGGAAAACGAAGCGGCCACUGUAAAUUUACAGGAUUUGGAGGAGAAACUCGAAAAAGCCGAAGAGCGCCGAAAGGAAUAUUUGCAACAAAAGAUCACAACCAUACAAAAGACUACACAAAUGCUGACCCGAAGUGAUAGUAAAGAGUUAGUGGAGAAGGAGGAAGAGGAAGAAACGCAGGUGGUUGAUGGUAAAACAGAAAACAAAAAUGACAACCCGGUCGAACAUGACGAGUCGAAGAAGUAAUUUUUUAAGUCAGAAAAUAGUUGUAGUAAAUAAGUGCUCUAAGUAUUGUAGCAACAGUAAAAGUUGCGGAAGUGUGCACGCCUAAAACUGUGCUUUAUUAGAUAUUUCAUUAAAGUCUUUAAUAAUUAAGAGAAGUUUUAUCUUUUUGGUGAAACAGGAAUGCAAUGAGAAACAUGAUCGUUGUAAGUAGCCUUAACACUUACCUUGCGCCCAUCGAAAAAUACACUUCAGAACAUUGUAAAAAUUGAAUCAUUCUUUUGGCUGAAUUCGCCUAAAGAAAGUUAGGAUAGGAAAAAUACUUUUUUCUCGCCAUCACAAUCACCCGUUCUGACCUUUGGUUGACAACUUUAAGAGCUAUCCGUAUAACCUAACCCAGAUUAUUCAUUUGGGGUAUUCACAAGUGCGUCAUAAGUGUCGCAUUGUUGUAUGUCAUACAUUUUUAACAGCUUAAAAUAUAUUUCGGGCGUUCGCGAGGUAUCGAAGAAACCAUAUUAUGAGUUCUGACAUAGUUGAAAAAUAGUAGGAUACUUAUGAUUCCUUGUGAUUUAUCUAAAAGGCUUAGUAAAUAUGAAGGGCUCUAUAUACAGAGAAAUCUGUAUUGGGCGGACACUCACCGUCUUCUUCCGCUACAUAAGAUUUGGUAUAGAAAAAAUAUCCGCUCAAGGGAGUUGUCCGGCUAAUAGAGGUGUUCGUCAGGAGAGGUUACACUGUCGCUAUGAAGCCUUCGUAUAAAUAGUAUUUCUGCAAGUAAGGAAGGUAUGCCGGACCAUUUUUUUCCGGAUACUGCACUUAUCAUCAUCAUUUGCCAUUUUGUAUCUCAUCUAACGACACGCUUAGAAACAAGCGGUUUAGAUAGUUUGGGACCAGAGAGAAAGGGGUGUUGUGUGAGUUUAAUGCUGUUAGAACGGCAAUAAAUCGAAAACUGAUUUUUGUUAAUUAUAUUUUUUGUACGAGUAUUUCAAAAUAGAUUUGAUUGAUCAUGAUUUCGCAUUUGGUUUGAUGCAAGGCGAAUCUAUUUAAGGUGGUGUUGGUAAAUCAGCUUUGUGUUUUUUCUUUCGCCGUGUCCAUGUGACUGUCACCGCAGGAAGAAACAAGGCGAAUUCAUUAUUUGUUUUCUAGUUCCCCAAUACUUUGCUUUGACAAUCAAACGGUUUGGUUUGAUGUCAUAAAAAAAAAUACUUUUUAUUUGUUUUCUUUGAGGGUAGUAAUUAUUUUUCGAUUUUGUUUGUCUCUUCGUUCAAGUUUAAUAUCUACUCCUGCUUUCGUGUCUGUUUUUUCUUUUUGCUCAGGUAUCAUUAUUUUUGAUUGUUAUCGAUUUUUGAUUUUCAUAAAUUGCUGCAUAAAGCAAUUUUUUAUUCGCUGAAAAAUACCAGUA